UGCCGCUUCUCAGCUGGGGAGAUGGAGCCGCUCUGGGCCCUCCUUGAUUAGGAUAUGUUAGGGUUGUCAGGGCAACUGUUAACGGCAGCAUAUCGUAUUUUUCCCUCUCUGCUGUGGGCUGAAUAUUUUACUGUGUGGUAGCAGGAAGAAGAUUGGGGAAAGGUGCUGCAGCAGGAAGAAGCUGGGAUCUGAUUGAACAGGUUGUGCAGUGGUGGGAGGCAUCAGACCCUGUGUGUCUUUAGUAGGGCUUUUCUGGAAGGAGUGUGUGUGUGUGUGUGUGUGUGUGUGCAUGCGUGCAUGCAUGAGCCAGAGCAAUCACCAGCGCAUGUGCCUGUCGGGGAGUCAGUGGGAGGGGGCUGGUAGGGGAGGUGGGGAAACUGCUGCUAGGUGAGGGGAACUGCAGGGCCUCAGUUGCCAAGUGGCUGGUACUAUCUGUCAGCUGUUUGCAAACUGUUUACCCAUAGGGGAUCUAUUACAAGUGCUCAAAUGAACAGGCAGCUUAGGAACUAGCAGCUUCCUGGGAGCUGCAAUUACAUAAGCAUAUAUUUUUAAUAUAAUCGCAAUUAAAAAAAAAAACAAGUAGCAGCGGUAUGCCUGGAUCAGCUACAGCUCUCCGACAUGAGAGACUGAAGAAGACCAAUGCAAGGCCAAUUCCUCUUGGUUUAUUCACCAUUAAUGAGGAAGACGAACCGCAAAAGAAUGGAAAUUCCAGAAGACCAAAAGCACCCGACAGCUAUAAAGUGCAAGAUAAGAAAAAUGCCUCCAACCGCCCUGCCUCUGCAAUUUCAGGACAAAAUAACAACCACUCAGGAAAUAAACCAGACCCUCCGCCUGUGUUACGUGUUGAUGACCGGCAGCGGCUGGCCCGGGAGCGACGUGAGGAACGGGAGAAACAGCUAGCUGCAAGAGAAAUAGUGUGGUUAGAAAGAGAAGAGCGAGCCAGGCAGCACUACGAGAAGCACCUGGAAGAGCGGAAGAAGAGGUUGGAGGAGCAGAGGCAGAAGGGGGAGCGGAGGAGGGCUGCCGUGGAGGAGAAGCGGAGGCAGAGACUUGAGGAGGACAAAGAACGCCACGAAGCUGUUGUACGGCGCACAAUGGAAAGGAGCCAGAAGCCAAAACAGAAGCAUAACCGUUGGUCGUGGGGAGGCUCUCUCCAUGGGAGCCCUAGCAUCCACAGUGCAGAUCCAGACAGGCGGUCAGUUUCCACCAUGAAUCUUUCGAAAUAUGUUGAUCCCGUCAUUAGCAAGCGGCUCUCCUCUUCAUCUGCAACUUUGCUAAAUUCUCCAGAUAGAGCUCGCCGCCUGCAGCUCAGCCCAUGGGAGAGCAGCGUUGUUAACAGACUCCUGACGCCCACACAUUCGUUCCUGGCCAGAAGUAAAAGCACAGCUGCCUUGUCUGGAGAAGCAGUUAUCCCCAUUUGUCCUCGUUCAGCAUCUUGCAGCCCCAUCAUCAUGCCCUACAAAGCUGCACACUCUAGAAAUUCGAUGGAUCGACCAAAACUCUUUGUAACACCACCUGAGGGCUCUUCUCGCAGGAGGACCAUUCAUGGCACAGCGAGCUAUAAAAAAGAAAGAGAGAGAGAAAAUGUACUCUUCCUCACAUCUGGCACCCGAAGGGCUGUAUCUCCAUCUAAUCCCAAAGCAAGACCGCCAGCUCCCUCCCGACUUUGGCUUCCAUCCAAGUCUCUUCCUCAUUUGCCUGGCACACCCAGACCGACAUCCUCCUUGCCACCCGGCUCAGUCAAAGCUGCUCCUGCUCAGGUCCGGCCCCCAUCCCCCGGCAACAUCCGCCCUGUCAAGAGGGAAGUCAGAGUAGAGCCUGAGAAAAAAGACCCUGAGAAGGAACCUCAGAAAGUUGCCAAUGAGCCCUCACUAAAGGGCAGAGCACCUUUAGUGAAGGUAGAAGAAGCCACAGUUGAAAAGCGGACACCUGCUGAACCAGAAGUUGGCCCUGCUGCUCCAGCCACGGCCCCAGCUCCAGCCUCGGUCCCCACCCCAGCCAUGGUCUCAGCACCGUCAUCCACUAUGACUGCCAGUGCUUCUCCUAAGACUUCUGCAGGCACCACCGACCCAGAGGAGGCCACAAGGCUGCUAGCUGAGAAGAGGCGGCUGGCCCGAGAGCAGAGAGAAAAGGAAGAAAGAGAGAGGAGGGAGCAGGAAGAGCUUGAAAGACAAAAGAGAGAGGAAUUGGCUCAACGGUUGGCUGAAGAGAGGACUCGCCGUGAGGAGGAGUCGCGCAGGCUGGAAGCCGAGCAGGCCCGGGAGAAGGAGGAGCAGCUGCAGCGGCAGGCGGAGGAGCAGGCGCUGCGCGAGCGGGAGGAGGCAGAGCGCGCCCAGAGGCAGAAAGAAGAAGAAGCUCGCGUUCGUGAAGAAGCAGAGAGGGUCCGGCAGGAACGAGAGAAGCAUUUCCAGAGAGAAGAGCAGGAGCGCCUGGAGAGAAAGAAGCGACUUGAGGAGAUUAUGAAAAGAACCAGGAGAACAGAAGCUACAGAUAAGAAAACCAGUGAUCAGAGAAACGGUGAUAUAGCCAAGGGAGCUCUCACUGGAGGAACAGAGGUGUCUGCACUUCCAUGUACAACAAACGCUCCAGGAAAUGGAAAGCCAGUUGGCAGCCCACAUGUGGUUAUCUCACACCAGUCAAAAGUGACAGUGGAGAGCACUCCCGAUUUAGAAAAACAACCAAAUGAAAAUGGUGUAUCUGUUCAGAAUGAAAAUUUUGAAGAAAUUAUAAACUUACCCAUUGGAUCUAAAUCAUCCAGAUUAGAUGUCACCAACAGUGAGAGCCCAGAAAUUCCUUUGAAUCCAAUUUUGGCCUUUGAUGAUGAAGGGACACUUGGGCCCCUGCCUCAGGUAGAUGGUGUUCAGACACAACAGACUGCAGAAGUUAUAUGAGUGUUUCUUCUGAAGAACCAAAGCUGAAAUUUAAUGAGAAUUUCUACAAUUAAUGGAAUUCCUUUCCUGCUAUAAAGGAGCAUCCCCUCCACCCGUUUUCUAGAGUUCUUGACCAUCAUUUUGAAAAGAUUUAUUAAAACUAGCUAAAGACAACAGACUGGAUAGCUUUUCUAAUAAUUUUCAUUAAUAGGAAAAAAGAAAUAUGUCUCAUUCUUCAAUACUUUAAAAUGGCUUUUUCCAGUGUGCUCCUUCUUAGCAAUCAAUAUUUUUCUGCAUUCUUUAAAAGACAAGAGAAUUUGGUUAUAAAAGAAAUGGGCUGACUAGGCAUGAUUUUUUUGGUCUUAAAAGCUUAACAUGUAAAAUUGGCAAAAAAAAAAUUUUACCUUUUAUAAUACUUGAAAAAUAAGUACCUCUUUGCUCUACAAGUAGAAUGAAUAGGAGAAGAGUUUAAGCCUGUUUGUUUAAAUAUUAUUGCAAAGAGCUCUAUUUGUAGAAGCAAAUUAUAGGCAGAUUACCAGGUUCUUAUAAAUACAACUUGUACAUGGACAUUCUGCAAACCCAGCUGUCACAUUUUUCUUGCAACUCCUUUUGCAAAAGCAGACUAAAAUGUUUUAAAAUGUGAAAAAACAUUAUUUUUUCAAAGCAAGAAAAUAAUUUACUGCCCUCUUACAUAAUGUAUUUAUAAAGUUUUUCCAGAUAAACUAAUCAAAUAAAUUAGAAUAAUGUGACAACAUUACAAAUUUAAUUUGUUAGCUGCAUUCCUUCUGAUGUUACCACGAUAGAAUGUUACUACUGAUGAUUCAGGGCUAUUUCUGAAGUCUGUAUGUUGCUGCUGUCCCCAGUGAUGGUGGACUUAUCUUUGCCUUACCUGAUCACAAAUUAUGUUGGGGAAAAUAAAGAUUUAAUAUUUCUUUAAAUAGAAAAAGAAUUUGGUUUUGCUCGUUUAAGAGCAAUGAGAAAAUGAUGGAAUGUUGACUGUGUUUGGCACACAGGACACGGACCUUCAUGGAAGUCCUUGCUCUGCGUGGCAUCUGUCAGCUUUUCACCUUUCAUUCUUAUUCUUCACUUUCGCUGCUGAGCCUAGCUGUACAAACUUGCACUUUCAUUUGCUAAUAUAAAUUCAGUUUUAUUUUACCAUUUUAGAGACUACUAAUGAUUAAAUGUAGAAGGAGAGGGUGCACAUGUUUUUAUGUGGAGUGUUUAAAAAAAUUUAUACCACUGUAAUGUGCAGCUUUUAUUAAAAGAGAAGUUGGUUGAA